AUGGAAAACCGUAUUGAAACGGGUUUUUACACAGGGAACCACAGUGUUACAGAAGGGGGAUAUACUUGUCAAAGGUGGGAUAGUCAGUAUCCCCAUGCCCAUAAUUACAGUGAUGGCUACAAGUUUCGUGAAACGAAUAUAACAAAAGUCUCAAACUUCUGUAGAGAUCCCGACGGUUACUUUGUCAACUUAUGGUGUUACACUACUAAUUCUUCUGUGGAAGUUGAUAUGUGUUAUUUGAAUGAAUUGAAUGAGGAGGCAUCGCCAACGGUUUAUAAAGGCAUAUUAGAUAGGACAGUAGACGGUACUGACUGCACUAAAGGAAUUGGCGAUGGGUUUAAUUAUUGUCGGAAUUAUUAUAGAGUAGAUUUGAUGAAUCCUUUUUAUCGACAUUUCUGGUGUUACACAGAUGACAAAGAUGGAAAUCAAGUACCGACAGCAUGUAGUUACAUAGAUACGGCGAGUGACAGAUGCAGGAAUGCGGUAUAUCCAGUUAAUGGAAAGUUGGCCUAUACGGUUUCCGGUAAACCUUGUAAGCGAUGGGAUUCAGUCUUCUCUGAAGAACAAUUCAUGCACCUUGAGUUCCCGGACGGUGAUCUUGUUUCAGCUUCCAAUUUCUGCAGGGACCCAACAUCACAAGGUUUUCCAUGGUGCUAUACAGAUGACUCUGGAGUAGAAUGGGAUCUCUGUUGGGAUUUAUCCACCAACGAAGAGGCGGAAGGAUCAGAUGACAUUAUCGACAAUUACUUUGAAUGCAAGGAUGGUCAUCAAGUAAUUGCUAGCAAGAGAUGCAAUGGUAUAAUAGAUUGUGUUGAUGUCUCUGACGAAACUAACUGUACAGAUGAAGUUCAUCCGUUGCUGAAAGACAUUCAAGCACCGUAUGACCUUGACCUCAUGAACGAUGUAGAUCUACGAAUAUUUUUCCCCUGUCAAAAUAAAGAACUGGUUUCCUAUCUUGCCCGAUGUGACGGCGUAAUAGAUUGUUCGGAUGCAACCGAUGAGAAGAACUGUGCUUCUCUUGCAACUGUUGAUGGCUCGUGUGCGGUAGACCAGUUCAGGUGCGAUAGUGGACGAUGUAUACAUGUCAGUUUGGUCUGCAAUUUUAUUCAGGAUUGUAUUGACGCCUCCGAUGAAAUAUGCGAGUAUCCACCUUGUACAGCAGACGAAUUCCGGUGCACCAAUGGUCAAUGUAUACCUAUUUCCGGAUACUGCAAUGCCGACAAUGAUUGUAUUGACGGAACCGAUGAAAACAUAUGUGACACUUGCCAAGCGGGGGCUUUUCAUUGUGACUAUGUGAGAUGUCUUCCAAACAGAUUACAUUGUGACAAAUAUAUAGAUUGUUCCGACGGCAAAGAUGAAGAGUCAUGUGACAACAGAGACAUGCGGACAUGCAGGGCAUUAUGGGAGGAUGGUAACAGGGAGUCCGGAAUGUACAGACUUUAUGAAAAGAAUUUCGAUCUAAGUGUGCUUGUUUACUGCGAUUUUCAAUAUAUUCAUCAAUACAACGAGCUGCAUACAGUAUACCCCAAUGUUGAACUUGUUGAAGGAGAUGACGGUGACAUGAUAUUUUUAACAGCUUUAAACGGUCGAGAAUCUUUCGAAUCCAAAAUGGACAUAAAGUUUCUUAGCGAUAUAUUCACCGGAGCCGCUUCAACAUGUACGCAAGAGAUCACGCAGAGAUGUAAACAAGCAUACGAAGAGGCUGCGAUGACCGAUGACCCUAACCACGAGCAUAAAUAUUAUUAUUGCAAAUGCGUCAUUAUGACAUUGAAACUUGGAAUGAUACACGAAAUCAAAUCUUUGAGAUUUUGCAAUGAAUCGAAACCUAUCUCUCGGAAGAAAAUGGCGGAUUUGCUGUUCUUCAAUUACAAUUACGCCUCGCGCUAUGAUCGAAACAGAUAUUUAAAAUGGAAGAAGGUUCCUUUUGACAUUGACAACUUGUUAAUUCAACUCGGAAACAUUACGUGCAAAGAAGAAUAUGACAUAUCAUCAGUGGACGACGUCGCGUGUGCGGAGGGGAGGUUUGUUUUUAAUGCAAGUGUGAGAUGCGUUUACGACACUGAUUCGAAAGGCAUUAUGGCUGGGUGCAGAUCUGGUUCCCACUUGGAAUCGUGUGACUCGUUUAAAGGUGCAUGUCGUAAUGAUACCACUGUUAAAUGUCCAGACAGUUAUUGCAUACCUUUACGUUUUGUGUGCGACGGAAUUGAACAUUGCCCUAAGGCUGAAGACGAGCAUGGUUGUGGUUGUAAAGACGACGACAAAGAAGUUCUAAUUAUGUAUGAAGAAAAUGCUCUUCGAAAUCCAGACAUAUUACAGUUGGCGAAACAACUCUAUACGCCACAGAGCAUUAUACGCAUACUCCCAUACAAGAAAAUUGAUCUCCCACCAGAUAUAAAUCAAAAUUAUGUACUGCUACAAAUUAAGGAUAAGGAAUUUAAAAUGUCUGAACAAAUAGACAGGAACUUUGAAUGUGAAUAUAAAAUGCUAGCGAAUGAAUUCUUAAAGUCAGUACAAAUGACGCGCAAAAAGAAAGCUAUUGUUUUUAUUCAAAGCAGCCCAGAAUCAGAAAAAAUAGGCCGGAUAAUGUUUAAAGAAAUAUCAAGUCAGCCCGAUAUGAUAAUAUAUCGCACAAUAGAAGUUCCGUCUGCAGUUACAACAACAGAAAUAAUGCCGAAUGUAAUUGAUGUAGUGGUUAAAGACUGGAAGAUAUUGUCUUCAUUAGCAGCACGGUUUUUACGGGAGAUAUGUGAAGAGGCUUUUGUAACGUUAUGUCCAGGGGCAUACAGGUGUUCAUCUAGUAAAAUGUGUAUCACACUUGAUCAAGUAUGCGAUGGUAAAGUUGACUGUAUGCAUGGCGAUGACGAAAUGCUCUGCGGGUUUGUCUGUCCAGCAAAAUGUAGCUGUAGAGGAUAUGCAAUGACAUGCCUUGUGAAAUCUUUAGAAGACAACAAGAUAAUAACGUACCCAGAGCAGACACAUUGGUUACAGUUCAGACCAAGAUCACAUAUGGAAGCAAACUUGAAAGAAGACGUCUUAAACCUUCCGUUUUUGCAUCUUCUGAACAUAAGCAGUUGUAAUAUAAGAGAAAUAUAUCCAAACGCGUUCGUUAAGCUACUGAAUCUGAAGAUUCUGGACCUUCGUCAUAACUUGAUUAAAAGAUUAUUUCCUUUGGCAUUUAGUGGCCUACAAAGAUUGCACACAUUAAUGUUAGACGGGAACAAACUUUUAGAUACUCUAGAACCGUUUACUUUUAGUUAUCUAAACUCGAUUAGAAGUUUACAAAUUACCGGUACUAAAGUAAAAUACAUUGUGUCUAAUACAUUUGCUGAUUUAACACUUGAACGUUUAGAAAUAUUCAACAAUGAACUAGAAGACAUUGGUGAAUAUGGGUUCGGAAAUCUGGCCGUAGAACAUUUAUCGUUCGAAAACAAUGUAAUUCUGACAUUUGAUAAAGGAAUUUUCAAAGGAUUAUCCGCAUUGAAAUCAUUAAGAACGCCAGCUUUUAAAUAUUGUUGCGUGAGACCAAACUAUUUACAAGAAGAUGACUGUUUUCCAUCAAAAGACGAAUUUUCAUCAUGUGAAGAUCUUAUGCGAACAUCGGUUCUGCAAACAAUGCUUUGGUUGAUUGGUUUGUCUUCUCUUCUAGGAAAUAUACUCUCUAUAAUUUAUCGUUUGAAGUUUGAUAGGGAGCGGUUAAAACUUGGAUAUGGUAUAUUUGUAACAAACCUCGCUAUAGCGGAUUUCCUGAUGGGAGUUUAUUUAAUUAUAAUUGCAAUUGCUGAUGCUGUGUUUAGAAAACGGUAUAUCUUCAUGGACGACUAUUGGCGAGGAAGCUUCUGGUGCACAUUUGCAGGUGUUUUAUCAACGCUUUCAUCAGAACUCAGCGUUAUGUUUCUUUGCCUGAUAACCCUAGAUAGAAUUCUAGUCAUUAAAUACCCCUUUGGACAAGUUAGAUUUGAUACAGAAAAGGCGGUAAUAUGCUCGCUUACUGCAUGGGUUCUUUGUCUACUUAUGGCUUUGUUUCCCCUGAUGUAUUCUUCAUACUUUAAAGGUUCUUUUUACAACAAGUCAGGCGUAUGUAUUGCCUUGCCUUUAACCAGGGAUCGACCACCCGGCUGGAUCUAUUCUGUGCUUGUAUUUGUCGUUUUCAAUUUCAUUACGUUUCUACUGAUUGCUAUUGGACAAUGGUCAAUUUUCAUGGACAUUCAGAAACACGGAAAAGGUUUUGGAAAAGGACAUGCGUCAAGAAAACGGGACUUGGUUGUAGCAAGAAAUUUGCUGUUUGUAGUUGGUACUGACUUUUUAUGCUGGUUUCCGAUUGGAUGUGUUGGUUUGAUGGCAUUGUCUGGGCGUGUUAUAUCCGGUGAUGUGUACGCCUGGAGUGCCGUGUUUGUUCUACCUAUCAACUCGGCUUUGAACCCUGUCUUGUACACAUUGACAGCUAUCAUUGGUAAAAAG